GUUGAAGCUACAAUACUCAGACAAUAAAUGCAUCCCCAGCAGUGGUGGGACGGAGCCCUACUAAACAUGGGGCGGGGUGCGGAUUGCCCCACCCCCGCUGGCUGCACCACUGUUGGUGAACACGGAACUGCUGUUUGCGCUGCGCACCAUCUCUGCAGACACAAGUAGGAAAGACGUAACGUUACUCUGAAAAGACGAAGACAUCCUUAUUUUGGACUGACUGGUGUUUGUGUUGUCCCUAACGAUGUUAAGCUUGCGGGCGCUGUCCGCUGUUUCAGUGGGACUAGUGCAGUUGUCCCGGCGCUACCACAGUGGAGCAGUGCGAGGGUCUGGCCGGAGGAGGCUGAUGCUGGCAGCCCUGGCUGGGGUGACUGGUGUCUCUGCUAGUGCUGGGCUGCUCUGGAACAGAGCAUAUGCAGAGGCUGGGCCUUCCGUCCGACACUCUGAGCAGCCAGGUGGAGAGGGGGUGGAUUUCGUGAGGAAUGCAGAAUCUGAGGCCGAGUCAGAGAAAUCGGUGGAGGCCAGCAGUGGAGACGAAGAAGCAAAUGAAGGUGGUGAGGAAAAAAAAAAGAAGCCACGCUCUGGAUUCCGUGACCGCAAGGUGAUGGAGUAUGAGAACAGGAUAAGAGCCUACUCAACUCCAGACAAGAUUUUCCGCUACUUUGCCACGCUGAAGGUCAUCGGGGAGCAUGGAGAUGCUGAGGUUUACAUGACGCCCCAGGACUUCAUACGCUCCAUCACACCUAAUGAGAAGCAGCCUGAGAACCUAGGCCUUGAUCAGUUUGUUGUGAAGCGAUAUGAUGGAAAGGACUUCUGGCAGAUGGAGAAGAUUGCCCAGGAGAGGGAGAAGUUUGCAGAUGAGGACAGCAUAUUUUUCACAUUGGGAGAAUGUGGCCUUAUCUCCUUCUCUGACUACAUCUUCCUCACCACGGUGCUGUCCACUCCCCAAAGGAACUUUGAGAUUGCUUUCAAGAUGUUUGAUUUGAACGGUGACGGAGAGGUGGAUCUGGAGGAGUUUGAACAAGUCCAGAGUAUCAUUCGUUCCCAGACCAGUAUGGGAAUGCGACACCGUGACCGCUCCACCACGGGAAACACCCUGAAGACGGCCGGCUGCAGCUCUGCUCUCACCACGUACUUCUUUGGAGAAGACCUGAAGGGAAAACUUACCAUCGGCAGCUUUCUGGAGUUUCAGAGGAAGCUGCAGCACGAUGUGCUCAAACUAGAGUUCGAGAGGAAUGAUCCUGUGAACGGCAGAAUCAGCGAGAGACAGUUUGGCGGGAUGCUGCUGGCCUAUAGUGGCGUCCAGUCUCGGAAACUCAAGCAGAUGCAGAAGGGCUUGAAGAAGAUGUUCAAGGAUGCACAGGGCAUCACAUUUGAGGAGGUGGAAAAUUUCUUCACUUUCCUAAAGAACGUGAAUGACGUGGACACAGCCCUCAGUUUCUACCACAUGGCCGGAGCCUCCAUAGAUAAAGUUACCAUGAAGCAGGUGGCCCGCACCGUGGCCAAAGUGGAGCUGUCAGAUCAUGUGUGUGACGUGGUGUUCGCUCUGUUCGACUGCGACGGAAAUGGAGAGCUUAGUAAUAGGGAGUUCAUAGCCAUCAUGAAGCAGCGGCUCAUGCGUGGGCUGGAGAAACCCAAGGACAUGGGCUUCACUCGGUUGGUGCGGGCCAUGUGGAAGUGUGCCCAGGAUACCGCCUGGGACUUUGCCAUACCAAAAACACAAUAAAGACAGGAGGCACCGUAUGAGUGGGAGAGAAAGACAGCGUGUGAAGAAAGCAACAACACUAGUAGCAUCAAAGACACAUUACCUUCAACACGAUUAGUUCAAUGAACUCAUUUGGGCUGCAGCUCUGAGGGGCGUCAUCAUUAGUCAUGAAUGCAUGUAGCUGUGUUUCAAACUAUCAAUAUGGUGACUGAAGCAUGCUGACGCAGCACACUGUGUCCUGUAUGGCUUCUCUACUGUGGCUGUCCAAGACAUCAUGGGUAUUUCCCAAUGUAUUUUAAUAUAUACAAGGUUUGUAUGUUUACUUUUGCCAUAUUCUAGAGAGGAAUGCUGUGUCAGCAGGUGAGGAGCAAUCCUUUUGUCAAACGCUGAAAACAGCUUUUUUAUAUGUGCAUUUAAGAUGUUUUACUGCAAAAAGGCAAGUGGAAUCAGUCUGAUUUGACCUUUAGCUGUAACAGACCUUUAGUUACUUUUUUGGUGGGACAGAAAACAGAAGUCUGUAAUGUUGUUUGCACCUCUUCAUUCAGUCUGCUCACUCCAGCUGCAUCUUCACCUCUUAUUAUUUUGUCCCAUAAAAUAUCAAUUAUGCUUGUCUUGCUUUACAAUGUACUGUUCAAAGUGUAUUCUUCUAAUUACCAUUGUUCACUGAAACACUUUAUAAGACUACAUAAGAUGAAUGUUAAAAGAAAUGCUCUAUUAAAGAUGUUUUUAAUAAUUUAAAA